CGUUAUACUGUUAUACCUGUAAAAAUAUCGAAUAAAAUUAAGAAAAAAUGAUUCAAGCAAUUUUGGAAAUCAUUCCCGAAAUCCGUAAAGUUCGAUGGACCGAAGUUUUCAUAAGAUUUUUUUUGUUGUACAUUUUUAUACAAAUGGAAUUUUUGACGCCCUUUCAACGCGUCAUCCAACCUGAGGAGCUCUGGCAAUACAAAUAUCCCAAAUCCGGCGAUUAUGUGUCGGCAAAAUGGCUUUUUGGCUUCAUAAUUCCGUUCCCCAUGGUGUUUUUGACGCUGAUUUAUUUGGUGAAACGCGACAAAGCGGACUUUAUGGCGGGCAAUUUGGCAUAUAGCUUGGCUGUCGGCUUAAAUGGCUUCAUUACGGAUUGCAUGAAGAUAACGGUAGGACGCCCAAGACCCGAUUUCUAUUGGAGAUGCUUCCCAAAUGACGACUACAAUGCCGCCAUGAAUUGCACAAACCCGAAUUUGAGGGAUGUUUUGCAGGGAAGGAAGAGUUUUCCAUCGGGACAUGCUUCAUUUGCUUUCCUCGCAUUUGGCUUUAUCGCAUUUUAUUUCAUGGGAAAAUUAAAAGUAUUCAACGAAGAUGGUCGUGGAUCAGGAACUCGCUUGUCUUUCUGCCUUGCACCGUUGAUGAUUGCUGUUCUCAUUGCCAUCAGUCGAACCUGUGACUAUCAUCAUCACUACACAGAUGUCUUGGUUGGCUCUUUUAUUGGCUUAGCGAUUGCUUAUCUCUGUUAUCGUCAGUAUUAUCCGUCAUUCGAGUCAAAAUUAUGCAACAUUCCGUAUCCGAGACGCUCGAAUCAGGUCGAAAAACGCAAGGAAAGCAAAGAAACCAAAAACGAGAAGAAAGUUUCGCAGCCAUCGGGAUCAGAUUCUGAAACAAAAGCGCUUUUAUAG